UCCUCCUGCGGCCGCGGAGCCGCUGCUUUUCCCCGUGCCCGAGGAUCCCAGCCCGCAGCAAUCCUCACAGGGAAGGGGGAAAAAGCGGUCGGAGCUCCCCCCAAAAAUGAGGGAAAAGGGCGAUUUCUCGGCACCGAGCUGCUCGCCGGGGGUGGCCGAGAUCGCCUGGCCCCCCGCUCCCCAAGGUCACGGUGAGUAAACAAUAAUAGUAAUUAAAACAAAAUAAUAGGCAGCAGUCAAGAGCUGAGAGUACACACACCUGACCCUAAGUAUAACAGACUUCUCCGAGUAGAAUUUGAUCCCUCUCUGACACUUUCUACCUCAAGUGUUAGAGCGAGUGGCCAUGAAUAGUACAGGCAUGCCAUCUUGUAACACUAUCUGCCUGUCAGAAGAGCCAAGGCUGGGUAGAGCAGGAUCUAUAUAAGGCUUGUAACUAGGGGAAGCCCAACAAACAGCUACAAACACCUAAGUUAUUUUACUCAGCCUCCACCCUUCUGCUUUUUCCCCCCUCUUCUCACUCUCUUUUUUUUUUUCUUUUCAUCUUGGCUUUCUGUUGCAGAAUGCAAAUGUAGCCUGCCGGCGGUGAAUGGGCUGAAUUGUGAUUAAGAAGAAGAAGAGCUCCUUUCUUUGUUCUCCCCUCAGGGGAUGUUUACUGGGAGAGACACAGCGGAUCAGAUAUGAAAGGCAUUCAGAUCCGUCUUUUCCCCGGCACCAAACGUAUUUUCUUGCAGCAACCAGAAUUCCCCCAAAAGUUUCCUGGUGAAGCGUGUGCACACAACUCAACAAGCACGGAAUGGUCGCGAAUGGCAAAAACCAGACACUCGUCUCCAAAUCCACCGCUUUCCUCCAAAAUUCACCAUCAAACAAACAGCUGAGCCCCUGGCACGGCACGCAGCCCUGCCACAGCUCGCUCCCAUGGAUCCGCACAGAGGAACCCAACCGACACCCCUCACUCCCCAGUCGCUCUCAUGGACCUCAUCCAUUUGUAAUACCUAUUUCCAGGUGCUUUCCUCAAGGUUGCACUUUUUUCUCCCACCCGAGCAGCCGCUCUGGUUGCAAUCUGCUCGCAACGGAUUCGCAGCACUGCAGAGGAACCCGGGUACAGGAGUGCUCCCAGAUGCCCACCCCAGCGUGUGCCACCUGCAUGUCACCCAUCACAACCCCCUGCUCACCCCACAACCCUAUCGGGUGCCCUCAAACUUCCCCAUGCAGGGCAGAGGCUCACUUUCCACCACAAACAAGCUGCUUUCUGCUCUCGUUCGAGUGGGAAGCGAAGGUUUUCCCCCCUUUCUCAGCAGAGAGGAAGGGUGGGUGGGAGCCUUUUUGGUGAGGGCUCUGAGCGAGUGUAAUCGUGUUUGGGCUGCGCUUCCCCUCGGAUCAGGCGCCCUGAAAGAAUUGAACUUUCUCUCUUUUCUUUACAACUGGAAGCGAGAUGGCAAUGGAAUCAAAGGGAGCUGUUUGCUGAAAGUUUGGAGGAAAUCAGGGCCAACUUUUUCCUUUCCCCCCACCCCCCAUUUUCCUCGGGAUUUGAUUUUAUUUUAUUUUAGCCGGGGCCGGAGGAGGGAGGGGGGGGGGGAAAGGGGGGUGGAACAAAGCAGCCCCGCUAAAGAGGAGGGAGCGGAGCCGCUCAACGCCCGGGGCCCGCGGACGGCGGGGGCCGCUCCGCACCGCUCCGCGCAGCCCCACCUCUACGGGGCGCCCGUGAGGUGCGGGGCAGAAAGGGGGCUCUCUGCCUUCCUCCUCCUCCUCCAUCUCCACCCGUGCCCCCUCCUCCUCCUCCUUCUCCUCCUCCUCCUCCUCCUCCUCGUCCCGUGCCGCUACUUCUCCCGAGUGAAAGUGCUACGAAGUGAGUCAGGCGCCGGCAAUCAUCUGACCGAACUUCCCGCAGCCCCGCCGCAUUCCUGGGCUCUCCUCUCUGCGUACCCCAGCCCCGCUUUGGGGUUCCUUUUCCUCCCGCAGGACUCCACUUCCCAAAACCUCUGCCGCUCCCCCUCUGCCCCGAGCCGCAGCUCAGCCGCACCGCUCCGCAUCCCUUCCCCAGCCCCGCACACACGCGCGCACCGGGCGCACGCCGCGCUGAGCCAUUAGUUGCCUUAUUCUGAUGUGUCCUCCCCCCUCACCCCCCCUCCCCGCACACACACACACAUCAUUUCUAUGUGAUUGCACUCCCACUGCUCCGGCUUCCCCCGAUGGCCAUCUCUCUCUCUCUCUCUCUCUCUAUUUUUUUUUUUUUUUUUUUUGGUGGGUUUUUAAUUUGAGUUGGGUUCUGCCUCGUUUCUAAGGAAUUUCGGGCUGAUUUCGAUAAGCAUCACCGUUUGGAGUGUUAUCAGCAAAGACACGAGCUCAGAAGUGACAUCUUUUCCACGAAUCCGGGAAAGGAGAAAAAUCCACUCAGGCCAGAUAAAUCCUGGGCUAUUCCCCACGGGAAAGGCUCUGGGCAUGUGCUUGUCGAGAAAGAGAA